ACUGUGCUCCUCCGUUACCAACGGCGUCAUUAGUAAAAAAAAAUCGUUGAAAAAGUGGGGUAUUAUGAUUUUCAAAUUGUAUCUCGUUACGGUGAUCGUAUUGGCAGUGUUUGGGGAACAGUAUACACCUGGGUCCAAUGAGUAUUUACUCCAAACUCUAAGUCCGCUGUUGAAUCCAUUAAAUGGGCUACUAUUUGACGGACCAUCAAGCGCUUCAAACGCAAGGACGACAACGCGUAACCGAAAUAAAUUACCAACUUUGGAGCAAAUGCAGUAUUACAAUUACUACGCAGCAUCUAUGUACUAUGGAUAUGGUCAUGCCAACUUGACUUGUGACUAUUGCUUAAAGUUCAAGAAAAAUGUGGUCCAUCACAGAGUAAUCCCUAACAACAUGCACAACACACUUGCACUUAUAACGCUUUCGAAAAAUCGUAAAGAGAUCGUUGUCGCAUUCCGCGGUACAUGGAAUGUUUGGAAUGUUAUUCUCGACGUACUACUAAUAAACGGUAGAGAGGGAAACAGCCCGAAACAAAUUAAAGUUCACCAAGGAUUUUAUAUUGCGGCGAUGUCUCUCUAUGACGAUGUGGUUCGAGCUGUAGCUGAAUAUUUACGUAAAAAUCCCGGUUUCAAAGUGGUUAUUGUUGGUCACAGUUUGGGCGGAGCUAUGGCACGGUUAAUAUACUUCUUCUUGGAAGAUUGUAAACAGUUUCCAGAAGUCACAUAUGAAUUGUAUACCUAUGGCGAACCCAGGGUCGGUAAUAGAUACUUCGCAGAUUUUAUGAACAGUCGAUCAAUCACCACAGCAAGAGUUGUUGCCAGAGCCGACCUUGUUCCGCACUUUCCACCGACAAGCAUCGUAGGACUCAAUAUUCUCGGCGAUUAUUACAUUCAACCACAAACUGAAUUUUGGAUUAAUGGUGAGAAAGGUCAAAAGUUUUGCUGUCAGACUGUCUACGAGGAUCCGGAAUGUGGUAUGUCCAUGGGACCUGCGUACAGUGUCUUGGAUCAUGGAGUAUAUUUUGAUACAAAUCUUGGAAGCAUAUUGGGUCAACCGUUGUUAUUUGCACAUCUUCCGCUGAAUCUUCUUAAUCCGGUUGACGUAUUGCCGCCAUUACCGAAGCCGAUCGAAAACUUAAUUGGAGGAUUGGCAAGUGGUGUAGUUGGUGCACUUGUUCCCGCGCUUGGCUAACACUUUCUGUUGUGUUGAGUAGAUGCUAAUAUUCAGAUUUGUAAUAUGCAAAAAAUAAAAGUCUACGCCAGAUGC